AUGACCAGUCAAGCAGAACUUAACAAGCGCCCUCCCUUCACUGCUGCGGCUAAGGCCCGGCAGCUGCAGGCGUGGGCACCCGGUGCAGCACGUAAGGAAGCAGCCAGACUUGAAAGCUGCUGCAGCAGCUUUCUAAUCAGUUCGCUCCUGCGGCAAAGAUUCCUGAAUUGUGACAUGAGGGAGUAUUUGCUCCAUCGCUGGGAACCGAAGGCACCUAAAGGUGGCUGCCGGCCCGCCAACUGCUUCUCAAACACUUUGAGCCCAGUAAGUGUGCAGCAGACAAGGGGCGCGAGGCGCCUUGUCGGAUCGGGAGCAGCAGCAGCAGCAGCAUUGGGAGCCGUAGCAGCAACGCCGCUGCAGCACGCAGCAGCACCCCAGCUUGCAGGUGGGGACUCUGCAGAAGCAGCCACGCCAGUAGUGGGAACAGCAAAAGAAGUACUGCAACGCAAUAGCAGCAGCAGUAUGAUCUGUCCAGACCCAGCACUGCAGCAGCAGCAGCAGCAGCAGUUGCCGCUGCAGCCGCCUCCUCAGGCUGAGCAGGAGCAGCGCCUGCAGCCACCGCUGCAGCGGCAGCUGCCCGAGCAACUGCAGCAGGAGCGGCUAACAGAGCAGCAGCACCAGCAGCCGCUGCUGCUGCUACAAGGGAAGCAGCCGCAGCAGGAGUCACAGGGCACAUACUCCCCAGAUCAGCUGCAGCAGCUGCAGCAUCUUGAGCGACAAGUGCUGUUCCGCCACUUGCAGCAGCAACAGCAGCAACAACAGCAGCAGCAGCCCCAAAGCAGUUGCCUCCCCAACGACGAGCAGCACCACCUGCAGGUACAGCUGCAGCAGAGCGCAGCUGAGGCCUUUGCUGCUGCUGCAGCUGCUGCACAGGCUGCUUCCGGGGCGUUUGCUGCAGCAGUGUCUGCAGCAGCGGCUGCUGCAGAAGCUCUGACUAUUGCUGCCUCCGCAGCAGCUGCAGCAAACGAUCCCAGCAGCAUAUGA